CCAGCGUUAAUUGUGUGGCUCACAAUUAGGUUGUGUGGAUCGUGUGGGAUAUUUUGCACUUCACAAUUUUUUUUCUAUUAGUAUCUGUUUGUAAAUCGAAGUUCCUAAAGUAAAAGAAUGUUGACCAAGAAACAUUUGUCGAGCACAUCUUGUCGAUCUGCUAAUAAGGACCGUGGUUGUGAAUAUUCAUGUUCAGACAAUCAGUGUACAAUUUUAGAAGAAUGCGAUCGUGUUUCUUUGGUUCGAACAACCUCUGUGAGAUCAUUGAAUGACUUUCCUCCAAAUAUUGAUGAGAAGGAUUUAGAAAUCUUAGAGGUUAUCGGAAGUGGAUCAUACGGUCGAGCUUUAAAAGUAAAGCAUCGACAAUUGGGUUGUUUAUUGGUUCUUAAAGAAGUUAUCGAACAAAGUAAAGCGAUUGAAGAGACACUUGUGCGUGAAGUUUCUCUCCUUCAAAAUUUAAAACAUCCGAAUAUUUUAACCAUCAUUGGUGUAGUUAUUCGAAAUAAACAAUUUUGUCUGAUUACUGAGUAUAUCGCUAAGGGAAGUUUACAUGUAUUAUGCUUGGAUGCGGUGAAAUACACCUUCGAUUGGAAUAAGAUAACAUCGUUUGGUCAUGAUAUUGCAAAAGGCAUGGCUUAUUUGCAUAAACAUGAAGUUAUUCAUCGUGACCUGACUACGCAUAAUUGUUAUGUACGACAAGAUGAUUCUGUAGUGGUAGCUGAUUUCGGCUUAUCAAAGUUGGCUCAAUCAAUACCCUCGAGUAAACAGAAAGUAGAAGAGAUAAACAACAAUUCUGUAACAAAUAGUAAUAUACUACCAUCUCAAGAUUCUAUAGAUUCAAUGAUUAACAGUGAUAAUGAACGUAGUCAUACUCCGCGUCUAAGACGGCAUCAUGCACAUAAUCAUCCAAGAAGGCAUACUGUGGUUGGCAGUGCUUAUUGGAUGGCACCUGAAAUGUUAGCCGGACGACCAUAUGAUAAUUCAGUUGAUGUUUAUUCAUUUGGAGUAAUUAUGUGUCAACUGUUAUUACGUUCAGAUGCUGAUCCAGACAGAAUUCCUCGUGAUGGAGAUACAAUGUGUGUUGAUAUGAAUGAACUUAUUAAGUUGAACACUUUCCCUACAAAUAUACCUCCAAUGUUAUUGGAUAUAACUACACAAUGUGUUUCAUUAGAUCCAAGAGAAAGACCUUGUUUCAAUUCAUGUGUUGAAUCACUGGAACAGUGUUCAUUGUAUUUACUUUCUGGGCAUCAAUCAAAAGAAAUUUUCACUUCAAAGACAUCUGAUGAUAAUAAUCUAUCUACAGGGAGAAACAACAGUAAUCAAGAUCACAUCAUUUCUCACAAUAACUGUCAUUAUUAACCAGGAGUACACGUUAGAUCUGUGUGUACAAACUAAGCAAAUUUGAAGAAACUUGAAUAUAUAUAUAUAUAUUAUUCAAUAGUAGGCAACGUGAUAAAGUAUUAUCUUUCCCAG